UGCUUGCUACAACCUGUUUGAAGAGAAGGGAUACGGAGUGAAUAUAAACCCCACAUUCUGUUGAAUGGAAUUAUUUUAUUUUACAGCUAAACGAAAGUCGAAAGUCACAUAAAUCUCAACAACUCGGAUUAUCAAAUAUAUUUAAAUUUAUUUUUAUUCUUGAAAAUACGAUAGUUGACCUUGCGCAAAGAUGGCAUUUACAGGAAAAGUUGUGCUAAUAACUGGAGCUAGUUCUGGAAUUGGAGCAGCAACUGCAAUACAUUUUGCUCAACUUGGAGCAGAACUAGCAUUAUCAGGACGUAAUGCACAAAACUUGAAUGCAGUUAGUGAAAAAUGUAAACCUAACAAAACAUUUAUGGUAACUGGUGAACUAACCAAUGAGGCUGAUGUUAAAAAUAUUGUUGAAUCUGUUGUCAAACAUUACGGUAGAUUAGAUAUUUUAGUUAAUAAUGCUGGUGUAUUAGAAAAUGGAUCAAUAGAAAAUCUUUCAUUAGAACAACAUGAUAGAAUAUUUAAUGUGAAUGUACGCUCAUUGAUGCACAUGACAAUGUUGGCUGUUCCACAUAUAACAAAAACUAAAGGUAAUAUUGUAAAUGUAUCAAGUGUAGCUGGACUAAGAGCAUUCCCGGGUAUUUUAUCAUAUUGUAUGAGUAAAGCAGCAGUUGAUCAAUUUACCAGAUGUGUAGCCCUUGAACUUGCACCAAAACAAGUACGAGUAAAUGCUGUAAAUCCAGGUGUUGUAAUAACUAAUCUGCAUAAAAGUAGUGGUAUGACAGAUGAACAACUAAAGACAUUCUUUGAGGGUUCUAAACAAACCCAUGCACUAGGCAGACCAGGCAAUACUUCUGAGAUUGCAAAAGCAAUUGCAUAUUUAGCUAGUGAUGAUGCUAGCUUUGUUACAGGUGUAACAUUAUCUGUAGAUGGAGGAAGACAUGUUAUGUGUCCUCGUUAAGAAUAUUGCAUUAUUUAAAAGUGUUAUAUUUAUACAUUUAUAGAACUGUUUAAUAUGCAAGAACUUAAUGUUCCUAAUAAAUGUAAUAAAUUAUGAAUUAUGAAUUA